AUGCAUCUGAAAUGUGGAUUACUGCUACUUUUUACGCUGCUGCUCCUCAACGACAUCGAAAGUGGUUACGUAAGAGAAUCAAGAAAAGCCCGACCCCUCAACGAGUACAUAUCGCACUACGAAAAGUUAAGCUACGAUCAUGAGCAUCUGCAUGCUAGUCACAGCCGGGCAAAACGAUCGGUCACCAAAGAUCAUUACGUACGUCUUAGCUUUACCGCACACGAUCGAGAUUUUAACAUUAGACUUAAACGCGAUCUCAGCACAAUAAGUGAUAAGUUAGAGAUACACACCGACAAGGGACCGGCGCAGGUUGACUCGUCCCACAUCUAUCAUGGCGAGGUGAUCGACGAUCCGGGUAGCUACGUAUUCGGUUCGAUAUUCGAUGGCGUGUUCGAGGGGAAGGUAAUCACCUCGGAAGACGAGUACUAUGUGGAACGGGCGAAGCAUUACUUUCGCGAAUCGUCCAAUCCGGAUACGCAUCCAUUGCAUCACAUCGGUGACGAUGAGCCACCGUUCCAUUCGGUGAUCUACAAGGAACAGCACGUGGAUGAUCCUUACCGGCACCGGAGGAAAGGACAUCCGUCCGGAUGUGGUGUGCACGAUGAGGUUUCGGAGUGGAUGGAUCGAGUCCAGAAUUCGGCUGUUGAUGAGGAUGAACCCGAUGACGAAGAGGAGGAACAGACACAACAAGACGAGGAAACGGUGCAGGAAGAUAAGCAACAGCGACAGCAACAUAACGUAAGCAGUUCCAGCCAACAACAGCAACAAGAACCUUUAGCAGCUCAGAACAAGCAUAAAUCAAAUGCCAAAGCUAAGCGACGGUCGGCAUCGUUCGAUAAGGACACGCGACCCGAUAUCGGCGGUAACGAAAUUCCCAUCGAAACUGGGUACGAGUUUAAGUAUCCGUACGAAAAAUACUCAAAGGCAGCCAAUUGGCGAGCCGCGGGCGAAAGCGCAACCGACUCGGAAUGGCACUGGAAAGCACACGAGCGGGUCCGGCGAGCGGCCCGACCGAAGGAAGACUAUCGCAACACUUGCUCGCUGUACAUUCAGACUGAUCCAUUGCUGUGGAGUCACAUACGUGACAGCAUCGUUAGUCAUCUGCACAGAGCGCGGCGUACCGAGCUAGAGGAGAAAACGCGCGAAGAGAUCCUGUCGCUGAUCAUACAUCACAUCACUGCCGUAAACUACAUCUACCGCAAUACUAAGUUUGAUGGUCGGGUAGAACAUCGGAACAUCCGGUUUGAGGUCCAACGUUUGAAGAUAGACGACGAUUCAUCGUGUGGUGAAAACCAUCAUGAAGAUACGAACCCACUGUGUCUGGAAAACAUCGACGUUUCCAAUUUUCUCAACCUACACUCGCUCGGCAACCAUGAGGCGUUCUGUUUGGCGUACGUGUUUACCUACAGAGAUUUCACCGGAGGUACGCUUGGAUUGGCCUGGGUUGCGUCGGCUUCCGGUGCGUCAGGCGGCAUUUGCGAAAAGUACAAGACCUAUACCGAAACGGUUGGUGGUCUGUACCAGAGCACCAAGCGUUCACUCAAUACCGGCAUCAUUACGUUCGUAAACUACAACACGCGUGUUCCUCCGAAGGUGUCACAACUGACGCUUGCUCACGAAAUUGGACACAACUUCGGUUCACCGCAUGAUUAUCCGGCCGAAUGUCGCCCGGGUGGUAACAAUGGCAAUUACAUAAUGUUUGCAAGUGCCACGAGUGGAAUCCGGUUAAACAAUGGUAAAUUUUCGCCGUGCUCGGUGCGAAACAUUUCGAACGUGCUAGACGCGAUCGACGAAAACAAGAAGCGCAACUGUUUCCAAGCCUCGGAGGGUGCAUUCUGCGGCAACAAAAUUGUCGAGAUUGGCGAGGAGUGUGACUGUGGUUUCAACGAGGAGGAGUGCAUGGACAAGUGCUGCUAUCCGCGCGAGAUGACCGACGCGAUGAAGAUCGAGAAUGCGACGGCCCAAAGUUGUGGACGGCGGGCCCGAACACAGUGCAGUCCAUCGCAGGGACCGUGUUGCGAUAGCAAUACCUGUCGCUUCAUCCCAUCGGAUGCGAAGGUGACAUGCAAGGAGGAGACGGAAUGUUCGUGGGGUUCGACUUGCAACGGUACGACUCCGGAAUGUCCGGAACCGAAGCCACGCGAUGACAAGACGAAGUGUAACAACGGUACGCAACUGUGCAUUAAGGGUGAAUGUUCCGGAUCGAUUUGUCUGUUGUGGAAUAUGACGGAGUGUUUCCUAACGUCGAACAUCAUUCCGAACAUUGACAAACGCAAACUGUGUGAGCUGGCCUGUCAAAACGGCAACGAUACCAAUACGUGCCGGAGUACGAGUGAAUUCGCUCGCGAGUACGGCCUGCCGGACGGUGGUUACAGUCUCCGACCCGGUUCACCAUGCGAUAACUUCCAAGGUUACUGUGAUGUGUUUCUGAAAUGCCGUGCAGUUGAUGCCGAAGGUGCACUGGUGCGGCUGAAGAAUCUGUUAUUCAACAAGAAAACGCUCCAAACGGUGGCCGAAUGGGCGACGGAGCGAUGGUAUUUGGUUUGUAUCGGCGGCAUUUGCUUCAUCAUCAUGAUGGGUAUCUUUAUCAAGUGCUGUGCAGUACAUACACCCAGCUCCAAUCCGAAGAAAGCGGCCGCCUAUCGAAUUUCGGACACGCUGCGUCGUCCAAUGAACACGCUUCGUAUGAUGCGCCGUCACCAUCACAACGGAGCAGGACCGCGCAGUGUCCCCGUCCCACGUAACGAACGUUCCCGAAGUGCGGGAGACAGGGGGGGCGGUGGUGGUGGACGAGGUGGCGGGGAACGAAACGGAGGUGGACGUGGUGGUGGAAGCCGGACGCGCGGUGACGGCCAUGGUGAUACGCGCAAUGGCAGUGUCCCUGCAGGCCAUAACUCUUCGUCCUCCGGCAAUAGCCGUCCGUCAAAUAGUUCACGUCCGCCAGCACAUGGGUAUGGCGAAGGUCGUGGCCAACAAUACUACCCACCGAAAGCACCACCAACUCAGAACUAUAGCCGGAUGAGCAAUGCAGAGCUAUACGCGGAAGCUUAUCCGGACCGGGGAAUGUACGAACCACCGAGACGCCCGUAUGCUAAUAAUAAGGUUUGA